GUAAUGGCCUUUUAUCGCUUCCUGCUCAUGGCUCUGCCGAUGAUGGUCUCUGCUGCUGUCAGCAUUGACUGUUCAAGAGAGAACUCAUGCUUCGGGGAGCCGUACGGUUGCAGUCCAAACGCCGGAUGCAACUCGCUGUUUCAAUUUGACACUGACCACAAUCUGCACCUCUACAUUCGCAAUUUUACCGAUAUGAAUGGUUAUGCAGCAUUUGCAGUUAAUAGACGUCCAGACGAGAUCAUUGAAUACUUGGUCUGCCUUCCACAUCAGGGACAACGCCUACGUGCGCACGCUGAGCUCGGAGGGACUGUCCUUGUUACCGAACAGAACCUCACCGGAGUAGUUGAAUCCCUUGGCAAUAAUGACUUUCGAUGUACUUUCGCGACUUCUGAGCUUCCAAGUAACUUCGAGCAGGAGCAAUUGUUAUUCAUCUCAAAAGGAACUUUUGUUGAUUCGCUCAUCAUCCACGACGGCAUUCAACUGUUUAAUUUGAAUGAUGAUGAGUAUUCUGUUGAUGGUCCCGAAGAAGUUUUCGCUACUCCUUCCAUUCACUACAUAGGAUCUCCAAUCAGAAGGAAUGCCAUGGAAGAUGUGCUGGCUUCGAACGAUCUGAAAGCUCUUUCAGACGCCAUCAAUAAUCUUCCAGGAAGCUACAAUAGCAAAUCUGACAGAAAUUCUAAGAAGUUGGCAGAGUCUGACACGGAGGUUGGCGAUGAUCCUGUGUACCGUCGGAAGAAAGAUGACAACGAGGAUAGUGCUGAAGAAAAGAAGUCUUACCGCCGUGGAACGCCAAAGGGUCGCCAAGAAGAACCGGAAAAUGACUACGAAGACGAGGAACGUGAGGAGAAGGAGUCCCGACAAAAAAGUCGUCGAAGCAACAACUCUAGAUCUCACUCAACUCGUGAACACUUUCAAGAAGAUGAAUCAGACAAUGAGAAUGAGGAUAAUGAAGAGGAUGAAAGUAAGCCUCGUAUGACCAAUCGUCGUAGUCGCAAUGAGGAUGAAGAUGACUUUUUCGACGAUGAAGAUGACUCCAAGCCACAAAGGAACCCAAAGGCUAGACGCGGAAACGAAAAGAAUUUCGAUAACGCUGAUUCAUAUGAUGAAGUGGAAAACGAUGACGAUUACGAUAAUUUGGAUAAUUCUGGAAAUGGAGUGGAUGAACGGAAGCGAAUUGUUCGUCAUAUGAUAGCUAUUUUCUUCCCUUUUGUCCUUAUGUUCUGAAACUCUCCUGGAUUUUUCUAGAUUCUUUUCCAGUUACAUUUCACAUAGAAUCUCUAACUACCGGUGCAUUUGCCAAUCUUCUUACUGAAAUUCUGUGCCUUGUUUUGUCAUUAAAAUUUUACACCGAAUAAAUUAUUUGUCUUUGU